AUGAUCUCUCAAGUCGCUCUUUUCUCGCUCGUCGCCAACAUGGCCGCUGCGCACAUUCUGGACAUUCCCACUCGUGUCGGCGAUGUCAUUGCGUUGCCAGAAGCUAGCGUCAUCACAGGUUCCGUCGACUUCGGCAACAAAGAGUUUGACCGUGGCCACAAGUGUGACACGGACGACGACACUGGCAGCCAGAAUGCCGUCUUCGUCCUGCAAGACGGUGCCUCCAUCUCCAACGUUAUCAUUGGUACCGAUGCGCUCGAGGGCGUCCACUGCUUGGGCUCUUGCACGCUGACCAACGUCUGGUUCCGCGACGUCUGUGAAGAUGCCAUUUCUGUCCUUGGCACUGGUGACGCUCUCAUUGUCGGUGGUGGAGCAACCAAUGCUAUUGACAAGGUUGUUCAGCACAACGGCCCUGGAACUGUGACAAUCCGCGACUAUACCAUUGUCAAUGCCGGUAAACUCUACCGCUCAUGCGGUGACUGCACCAACAACAGCAAGAAGUCUCCCCGAAAAGUCAUUGUCGAGAACGUCAAGGCCUUUGGAUUGACCUCUGACUUGGUUGGAAUCAACCCCAACUUUGGUGACAGUGCGACUAUCAGCGGCUCAUGUGGACAGACCAAGGAAGUCUGCGUAGACUACCAGGGCGUUGACAAGGGUAACGGCAAGAGCCAGAGGCUCAACACCAAGCAGAGCUGCGAUGGUCCCCAAGGCAAGCUCGAGAAACUCCCAGAGUGUGGUGCGGUUGAGGCACCAACUACCACUAUCACAGCAAGCAGCACCCCAGUCUACAACGUCACAGUGCCUUUUCCUACCUUGACCGUUUCCACCCUCAUCACUAAAACCUCCGUCAUUGCCACCCCAACUCAGUAA